CAUAGGGGAAAAACACUCAUGCUGUGUAGCAACACAACGGUUGAACAGCCUCCAAAGAACAGUGUAACUUUCAGUACCUAUUGCUCAAGAGUUUCAGUUCAACAGAGAACAGAUCAACCAAAAUCUUAAGAAUUUUCAUCUGAAAAUUCAAAAUUAAUCUGGAAACCAUCUUUAAAGGUAAAUGGAAAUUCAGUGUUUCCAUGGCAAUAUAACUAAAGAACAUUGUGAAGAAAUACUGAGCAAAAAUGGAAAAAAUGGAAGCUUUUUAAUUCGAAACAGCGAGAGCAUACCAGGAGUACUGUGCCUUUGUGUUUUCUAUGAACAGAGGAUCUAUACUUACCGAAUCUUCAGAAAACAUAAUGGACAUUUUAUGAUUCAGGCUUCUGAAAGUAUGUUAAAACAAGACUUCAAAACUUUAAAGGAUAUAAUUACUACCUAUAGAAAACCAAAUCAAGGGCUAGUAAUCAAUCUGCGCUAUCCUGUGAACAGACCUACACACCACCAAGAAUUUCACAAUCCCUAUGUAUCUGAAGAUCAAAACUAUAUGAACACUGGUAAGAGAUACACAAGAAACUGAAGACUCCGAUUACGUUGAAGCUUUGCCUGACUGAUUUGACUGCGAGAUUGUUUCUCAGGUCUUGCUUUGUCUCAGUUUGCUCCAAGAGAAUUAGUAUUUUAAGAAUUAGCCUUUUCAGUGGAUAACACCCAUGCUGAUUGGAUAUUCUAUUCAUUGGAUUCUCUAUUAGUUUCUGCUCUUGAUAGUACUUGGACACAGUAAUGUGACUACUGCUACCGCUUGCUUCUUUCACCUCACCUUUUAAAAGCAAUCAAUUCUCUUAUCUUUUGGUACUCCAGGUAUAUAUAUCCACUUAAGUUGCCAUUUCAGUACCUGAAGUGGGUUCUGGUACAGAAAAACUAAUACCACAAUAAAUGUGUUAACCUUUAAGGUGACACACACUCUGUUACAGUUCCAGUAUUUAACAGAAUUAAUUUAUUAGCACUUGCUGGCACCUAGCCUCAUCAAUGGUGACAUUUCUUUAGCCAUAUCAUUUUUGCAACCGAGUAAAAAUGGACAUUUUUAAAAAAUACAACAUUUGUGCAACUACCACUGGGACCAGGAAAGUGAAGAGUAUGAAAUGUUAAGCAUACUUAAUUCCCAUAGAAAUGAUUUUAACAUAAGCCAUAAUGCAGAAGAAAUUUCUUCAAGUUACAUGAACUUUAAACUGGAAAACUUUGUGCAAACUAGUCUUUCGGAUCUGUCAGUAGAAUGUAGACUUUAUUUACACAUCUUCAUGGGUUAAGACAGAGGCCUGCCUGAAUUCCACUGGACUUCAGUGUGGACUGGAAAUACUGAAACUAACCUUCAUAAGUAGAACCAGUAAUAUAGCAAUAAACGCAUUAGUGUGAUUCCAAGUAGAUAUUUUAUAAUUCUUCCUGCCCUGGAUUAAUUAUGUAUUCCAGGAACUGUUUUUAAUGGCUUAUAUUUUCAUGCACUACCAUCCCUGAACUUUACUGCAUGAAAAAAGCAACUGUUUUGACACAAGAGCUUAAUGCAAAGUUGCCUUUGGCGGCAAACAUAAGUAGACAAGGCGCAGCUUACAAUCUAGUCUAGUCAGUUUUGCUAGUUCAUUGACUUGACUUUAGAGAAAAACAACAUUCAAGUGCCCAAGCAAAGCAGUCUUUUCAUUCUACAGCGAGGUUUUGCUUCUUCUCCCUUAGAAAAGUUACCACACUACCAAUACUAAAUAAUAAUAAUAAUGCAUGGGCAUUAUUCCAGAAAAAUAACAAAACAGUAAGUUUACAUAUACUCUAAACAGUAAAUGUUAUUUGGGCUAGAUUCUAAUUUGUGAAUUAUGAUUGACUUAGAUGCAGUUAUCCAAAACUUUUAAAAAAUAGAAAUAAAACCACAAGAUGUUUUAAUACAUGAAAGGACUACAGUUAAGAAUCUCACUGCAUAAGCUUCACAGAUGUCCAAAUCCAUUUUUUGUGCCUAACAGUACUGUGCAUUGUGAUCCUAAUUAAACAAUGUCUUUUUCUUAAAUUGUUCAGCCUGCGGGCCUCCUAUUUCAACUGACAUGAAGCUUGUUUAACAAAGUUUAGUUUUAAAAGCUUAUGAUGUGACUUAGUUCUGUUGCAUGAGCAUUCAUGCACACACAAACAAAAUACAUGGACUCACAUAAUCCAAGAUAACUCACCUGCCAUCUACUUCGAUGCCAUGUCAACAUCAGGAAAAUACCCUUUUAUUUUUCCAUGUUUUUUAAUCUGAACUUUUUAUUUUGACUCUGCUAAUUAGUUUUAUGCCGAUUUGAUUUUUGUUGAUUGCUUUUUUGUUGUUCUUCUAUGCUGUUGGUGAUCUGUCUCUCAAUUUUUUUAAAUUGCAAUUUUAUAUUUGUUGUAAGCCACCUAAACACUCGGACAGCUUUUAACAAGUUCUAAAAUAAAUAAAUGAAAUACAGCUGGAA